AUGGAGGUUAUUGAAGAUGGAAAUAUUAUGGACAGGAUCCCUAUCCUGUUGCAAAGAGAUUUGGAGUACUAUCAGAAAAACCAAACAGUUUUAUCAGAGACGAUCUGUCGAGGUGUUGUCGGUGGUCGAUUGGAUUUUCCGCGUAACGCAUCAUUUGCAGCUGUCAAGAUCGUUAAAUGGCUUGAGGAUGAGUUCGCUAUUGCUUUCCAGCAAGGUUCAGGCAUGUUUGUGACAACAGGAGAGGAUACCAAAAAUGACGGCGGUGUGGCGAAGACAUCUGACCCUGACAAAUUUGUUCAGCUGGCUGUCAAAUCCAGUGACGCCUUGUUAGAACACUUACAUGUGUUGGUACAAGAAGCUCUCGACCACGCGGAUCUACCUGUAUUAACGGCAACACUGGGUGCUACAGCGCUGUUGAAGAACAGUCUAUUCUGCUACUUGCAGCAUAUUGAGGACAUGGGCAGUUCGGAGCGACAGUCUAUAAUACAGACAUGUUACAAACGUUAUGUUACCAUGUCUGAGGCGGUAGCCGAGCGAGUACUAGAUCUGCAUAACCGAGUGUUGUCCUUAUACAUACUGCAAGACUCCGGCGGCCGGCCUAUCGAAGACCAGUUGCGGACUGUUCAAGAUUCGGGAACGCCUUCUGUGCAGGGCUGGUGGCUUUAUAUGAAUGGAAGUCGCAAAGAUUUAUGGGACACUGUUCCACCAAGAAUGGCACAAAGGAUAUUCGCCGGCAUGCUAAAUGAGACACUUACCAUUUUAACUGUAAGGUACUGUCAGACGAAUACGACAGACACGACUACACCAUUGUUAAUAGACGAUAUUCUAAAUAUACUAUUCUGUGUGGCGCAAUUGCUGCCGUGUAUCUGUAUAAGCGGUGCAGAGCUAGCUGGGUUAAACGUGCGCGGUCAGUCCAGAGACGUGAGAGAUGUACACGCGAAGUGUAAUGAAUUAUUUAAAUGCUUUGUGUUUCGAGGAGCUGAAUUGCACUUUAUACAUCAGGCCUUCAAAGAUAAAGAAGAAUCACCAAAAAUAAAGGAUUGUCCGUACCCUUGGUUCACGUUCGUAAGUCCGAUGUUGUUUGAGAACUCGUUCGAUGACGUGACCACCAGUACACAUGACCUGCCUGAUAAGACUGCUAUAGGACUGGAACUGAUUGUGCUUUUGGCCCAACCGCAGCCUUCUUGGCCUUUGCUGGUUAAGGUACUAAUGAUGCGUGAUAGCCACCUUUUGCGCAAAUUGUUGAUUCAUGCCAUCCGUCAUAUGUCAUUGGACAACUCACGCUGGCCGAGUGACGGGCAGUGGUUUAGCGUCACGGGCAAGCAUAUGAAAUGUGAUGGAUUUCUUUGCACAGCUGACGGGUUCUGUCGGUUCAAAGGAGAUACUAAUGCCGGAGAGGAGUAUGCCAGGGCAGCUGGUGCUCUUACGUACAUUUUGGCAACGAUCGGAAGCAAAGCAGAAUUCCAGUCAAGUCUCUGUUACGCGCUCGAAAUAUCUGGAAGGGAUUGGGCUGCGUGCUUAGAUAAGAGACAAGUAUGGUGUGACAAACGACCUCCAUGGUUGGCAGCUAUCCUAUCGAUAGUGGGCUCGGCACUGGCAUUCAUACCUCCUAUUCUAGUCAACGCUUUACAGGCCGGCGCUUCUAUGUAUCAGACAAUGUCGCUGUGCCUCGCCUGCAUAUCGCGUACACUACACUGCAUACCUCAAAGUUUCCAAAACGCGGCUACCCUAAUAGAGAAGACUUUGCCUUCAAACGUGAGCCCAGUUGGUGGCUCUGUGUUAUUGCAGAUGUUGAUCACUGUCGCGUAUGAGGAGAUACAAAACUGGGCUAAGAAAGAGGCCGCUAAGGAGAGGGCUGCGGCGGCGGCAGCGAACGGUCAAGCGCAUGACAUGGAUCCCAGGAGCAAGCCGCGAGCCAAACAUGUCCGCAUCGUCAGCCUUACUCAUAACACGUCGAGUUCAAUGAGUUUCGACGGCUCACACAGCAGCCCAUCAUCAGCCGCUCUGGCGGUUGCCGAAGCGCUCUGCUGCAUUGACGAGGAUGACAAACAUACUCAGGAAAUCCAACAGCUCGUCGAUCAGUCUAACCGGACUUUCACACUGUCCAACCAGUUCGGACUUGAAGAUUUUCCAGCUUUCGCGGAAUUAUUGAAAGAGGGUGAUGUAGUCGGAUCGAACGCGGAGAGAACAAGUGAUGCCGCAGCGCUGACCAGUCAGAUUCUGAUGACUGCACCCGGUAGAGACAGUCUGAGGGUGAUCUACGACCAUUUACAACUCCACGCGGAAAGGUUAUACAAAGAACUAGGCAUCCAGGAAAACUGUGAUGCGAACGUACCAUUAAAUAAGGCGCCUCUGCUCUACAUAAUGUUCCACAUUGGUAGGAGGCCUUUUGAUCAGUACUUCCGUGGGGAAUGGCCGAUGCCGUGGAGCAAACUAGUGACAGUUACAAAGGCGUGGUCUGGCUGCGCAGGAGCGCGCGCGCACGUGACGCGCCGCGCCGACGUACGCACUGCCAAGAACAACAAAACGUCCAGCAAGCAGCUCAUUGAACUUUGCAACAUAUUCAAAUCUAAUAAAGAUGCAUUAAUAUAAUUUAACACGCAAGAAUAUUAGCUACAUUCCCGCGGGACCCAUCGUACCACUAAACGAACCACUGGCGGUACGGUGGGUAUUGGAAACAGACGUAAAAGUGUUAAAUUAUAUGUGUAGCAUAAUUACAACGCACAAGCACAGCUUUCCCCUGUCUGCGGAAUGUGAGACGAAAACUGAGUAAUGAAGUCACUAAUGCACUGUUAAAUACAUGGUACAAUAAAUAUCUGAGACAAUGAGAAAGAAAAAAUUCUUUCAAUACUUUUAAUAGUUAUUUUUACAAACAUACGUGUAAGGUAUACAAGGGUAA